UAGACACUGGUUGUACAAACUCUGACAGUGUUGUAGUUGGGAAAUAUGAGAACGAUUCAUACUUCUGCUGGAUAUUCAUUUUGCUGGCUUGACACUGCACUGUACCUAGAGGAAGAUCAUUCAAAGUCAGCACUGCACACAGCCUUCUCACAGAGAAGACAGAACAGUGAUGCUUCCUGCACUGUCCACUGUCAAUGUCACCAAUGGCUCCAAAUGCUAGCUCCAUAAUGGUUAUGGCUGAGGCCUUGGUGCAUAUGAAACAUACAGCCCUGCUGUUCUGGAUGAAGAUCUUUCUAUUCCUUUUUGGAUUGUCCCACUUUGGGCACUCUCAAAGUCAAGGAGUCCCAGAAGUGGUGACACCCUUAAAGAUAACAGGCACUGGUGGAAGCAUGAGGCCCCCAGGCUGGAUCUCUUACAGUUUGCAUUUUGGAGGCCAGACACACAUCAUCCACAUGAAAGUCAACAAGAAUUUGCUGGCUAGACACAUGCCAGUGUUCACCUACACAGACCAGGGUGCUCUUCUUGAGGACCAGCCCUUAGUCCAGAGUGACUGUUUCUACCAUGGAUAUGUGGAGGGAGACCCAGAGUCCCUCGUGGCCCUGAGUAGCUGUUUUGGUGGUUUUAGAGGAAUUCUCCAGAUACAUGACAUUGCUUAUGAAAUCAAACUUCGAAAUCAUUCAGAUACAUUUGAACACCUGGUAUAUAGUAUACAACGCAAGGAUACAUCCCCACCCUUGAGAUGUGGAUUGACAGAUGAAGAAAUAGAAUGGCAGUUAAAGGCUCUGGAGAGUGACAAUGCCACUUUGAUGCAGAGUGGAUAUGAAGGCUGGUGGACCCACAGGCGGUAUUUAGAACUGGCAGUGGUGGUGGAUAACAACAGGUAUGUUCAUAGCAACAGCAAUGUCUCAAAUGUGUAUGCCGAUGUAUGCAUUGUUAUGAAUGGAAUAGAUUUCUUUUUAAAAUCAUUGGAUGUGGAGGUGAUUUUAACUGGACUUGAGAUCUGGACUAACCAAAACCCCAUGCCAGUAAAUAACAUGUUUAGUCUCUUAUCAAGGUUUUGCACAUGGAAGCAAACCAGCUUUGCUAAUCGAGUGCCACAUGAUGUUGUUCAUAUUUUUGUAAAUCAAGAUUACUCUGGUCUCCUUGGUUUAGCAUAUGUAGGAGCAGUAUGUGACACAAACAAUUGUGGAUCUGAUAGUUUUACAAAUGAUGAGCUGAUAGAAUUUGCUAAUCUUGUGUCACAUGAGCUGGGCCACAAUUUGGGGAUGCGUCAUGAUACUCAGUUUAACUACACAUGUCCAUGUGGUGAUGCUAUUGGUUGCAUAAUGUUUCCUGCUAUAUUAAAUGCAACAAAAUACAGCAAUUGCAGUUAUGCCUCUUUUUGGCGUGUUACCACACAGCAUCGAAAGUGUUUACAUAGUCCACCAAAGCAUGAUCAGGUCUUCACAUACCCACGCUGUGGAAACCAUGUGACUGAGCCACAAGAAGAGUGUGACUGUGGCUCCUUAAAGUUGUGUGCAAAAGAUCCAUGUUGUCAGUCAAACUGUACUCUGAGACCUGGGGCUAACUGUUCCUCGGGACUUUGCUGCAAAGACUGUAAGAUCUUGCCAGCAGGCACAGUGUGUAGAGCAGCAGAAAAUGUAUGUGAUCUCCCAGAAUGGUGCAAUGGGACAUCCUAUCUUUGUCCAGAGGAUGUGUAUGUUCAGGGGGGCAUGCCAUGCCCUGGUGGUUACUGCUAUGAAAAGAGAUGCAAUAAUCGUGAUGAACAGUGUGGGAAAAUUUUUGGUAAAGGAGCCAAGAGUGCAAAUGACAGAUGCUACCAAGAGGUGAAUACCCGAGGUGACCGUUUUGGUCACUGUGGUCUCGAUGAACAUACUUAUGUACAAUGUGAAGCUAAAGAUAGACAGUGUGGAAGAGUUCAGUGUGUGAACGUGGAUAAAAUUCCUCUUCUGAGUAAUCACAGUACUGUGCAUUGGACUUCUCUUGAUGGCAUCACCUGCUGGGGCACUGACUACCAUUUUGGGAUGACUAUUCCUGAUAUUGGUGAAGUGAAAGAUGGCACAGAAUGUGGUGCAGAGCAUAUCUGCAUCAAAAGGAGGUGUGUCCCUAUGUCAGAUCUGAAAAGUCCUUGUUCAGGUGAGUUCUGUAAAAUGAAUGGGGUUUGCAACAGUAAACAACACUGCCAUUGCAAUCUUGGAUGGAGUCCACCCAACUGCGAACGUCCAGGUUUUGGAGGUAGUGUUGAUAGUGGCCCAGCCCCCAAAGUAAUCGAAGCAGGUCCAAGAGGUACAAGACAAUUUUGGCUGCUUCGUUUAAUACUUUUUCUGCUAGUUGCAGUAAUUUCGGCUGGUUUUACGUACUGUGAAAGAAAAAAAUUAAUGAAGGAGUCUGAAGAGACCAAUGAAACAAGAAAAAUGGAUAAGACCAAAGGUAUCACAGAGAGCAACAGGGAGGAGGACACUAAAAUCACCAAAGAGACAAAGUCCACCAAGCAUGUAGGGAUUAUUGAACCAAAAGAAAAUGAUCAGCCUAAAGUGAAAGAAAAGUUGCCAGCUCCAUCUAUGAAAGAAAAAUCUGCAUCUAUGAAUCAGAAAGGAUUGCAAACACAGAAAUCACAAACACAGAAAUCCCCAAAAUUAUGAACUUUCUAUGUAUGAUAUCUAGCUUCCCAGAAAUAGAAAUGUUGCAACAUGUGUCAACUUUCAAUGAUAGAAAAUCCCAGAGACUUUUUGUAUUGUUUGGCAUCAUAAAUAUUCUCCAUUAAACAA